AUGACCAAUUCGACAUGUCGCUCUUCAAAAAGCUCAGAAGUUUCUGCAGCAAGCAGCGUUUUGCAAUUGACAACCAAAAAACGCGAGUCUGUGCGAUUAGAGGACUCUGCUACCAUUCCUUUGCCUCUAUCUGAUACAUCGAGUGAAUCCUCAGACGAAGUACAAUCUCUUUUACCUUCAUUCAAGAGGCUCUCUAUUAGUUCAUUUGCUUCUGAGAGUGCAGGCAUGAAGAUCCGCAGGCAGCAGGUCCCCAAUGUCAUAGACGGUUUCGGAGCUACAACGGUCCUGUCAACAGUCAAGGAGACCGCUGUUGAGAGAGGUCGCGGACGAUUUAGGCGGACUUUCGAUGGUGUUGCAAUGGUAAAGGGCUCUAGGAGCCCAAAAUCUCCAGACAGAUUCAUCCCUCUGAGAGAGUUCAUUGAUCCUCCAUCCACACCAUUGAGAGUGGGAAAGCCUACGCAGACCCUGACCCCCGAAGAAAGGCUUCUGCGACAACGCAUACCGAGGUCCGAUCCAUUUAUGCCUGAGCGGCCGCGCAGAUCUGCAAGUAUCCCGAGAAUACAAUCCGGGCGUACCUUCAGCCCUCACUACAUUCCCCAUCUCAUCAGCGGCUCAGCUAUCAGGAGUGGCAGUGAGUUCGGACCACGGGACCCUCUCAGACAGGUCAGCGCUGGAGCCGUAUGGAGCGUCGGUGGAACGUCUGCCAUGCUAGGUAGACAAUUUAUAGGGGUACCUGGUGACACGAGAGGUCGUCUUGCGAGUCGAGCGACCGCUCCAGUGUAUACGGCCAGAUUUCUCUCUCAAGCCGCGCCGAGUGAGGAGCCAGAAAAGCACGAGGCAAGAGUAGCUCUUGCUCUGAAUAUCGACCCGGCAGUCCAGAUACUGAAGUGCAGGCUAUGGUCCCUGCUCGAGUCGAAGCCGAGUCCGUCGCACCCUGAUUACGAACGUUUCUCCACUUUAACAUGGAAGGGCAGUGCCUGGAAAAGGGGAGAGGCAGAUCAAUUGGGUGCAAAUAAGGAUACUGAGAGUAUCGUACCAGCACGUCCAUUCCGGAUCCUGGACGCUCCUUAUCUUCGCGAUGAUUUCUAUUGCACAACGCUCGCGUAUUCGCCUACCUCUGGAGUUCUCGCCGUUGGUCUUGCACAUCGCGUGUAUGUUUGGUCGGAGAUUUUUGGCGUGCUGUAUCCCCCAUUCGCAGACCAUCAUCCCUCAAACUUCGUAAACUCUCUAUCUUUCUCGUCAGAGAGCGGAGGUAAAGACAUUCUGGCCGUCGGAAGGCGAAGUGGGUUGGUCACCCUCUGGAGUGCUCCUGAAGCCGAGCCACGCUAUGAAAUUAGUCAUCCCAACAGUAUCACUUCGGUGGCUUUCAGGCAAACAGUGACGCGUAGGUUCUCUGAGCGAUUCCACAACGUUGAAGUCAAUACAGAGGACCUUGCUGUCGGCGAUGAGCUCGGCAACAUAUGGUACUACUCAGUAGAAUGGCCCAGUGAGGAGAUUCGAGAACAAUUUGGGUGGAACGGUGCUGUCACCCUACUCGCCAGAAUUUCCGCACAUACCCAGAGGAUUUGUGGUAUAACCUGGUCUCCAGAUGGCGCCUACUUGGCCACUGGAGGAAAUGAUAACGCGUGUCUAAUCUUCGAGCUCCGUGACCUCGUGCCCUGGCUACAGCUCAACUGUGCAACGAAACCUUGUAAAUCAGCUCAAACUUGCCAGUCGAUCAGCGUGCAGUGUCAGAAUGCAUUCUCUUCCCUUUCUGCAAGCACAAGCAAACGACUAUUCAGGCGACGUGACUUUCUCAAUUUGCUUCCUUCAUGGUCUCACUUUCGCCUCGGUUCUUCACAAACAUCACUCAUUAAACACACCGAGUCGAUCGCCUUGGGUACUGAGAGAACGGUAAUAAUACCCCCAAAUAGGCAGAAGCAUAUAUUGGCUCAUGCGGCAGCCGUCAAAGCAAUUGCCUUUGCUCCAUGGCAACCGUCUCUCCUUGCCACCGGAGGAGGCUCGAACGACCGAGCCAUUCAUUUCUGGCACGCCCCGUCUGGGGCGUGCCUGGCGUCCAUCAAUGUAUAUGCACAAGUGACUGGCCUUAUUUGGAGCAAACGGCGAAGGGAAAUUGUCGCCACUUUUGGGUUCGCACAGCCAGAGCACCCAUACAGGAUCGCUGUUUUUGCGUGGCCGAGUUGCGAGCAGAUCGCUGCAAUCCCGUGGGGUCCAUAUGGCACUAGUUGGGAUGGGAUGAACAGCGCUGGUGCGGUUCAUUGUGGGCGCGCUAUCUGUGCUGUGAGCUAUCCAGGAAAGUCACAUGCCCUUAUGCAUGAUCUUCUCGAUUGUGCGACCAGUAUCUCAUCUUCAACAUCCACGAUCCAGCGCAGGCGAAGGCAAAGCGAACCCUACCGUCGUACAGCACACCCUAUUCAAUUGCGACCAAGUGCAAAAGAAGGUGGCCUAUGGUGCCCUCGGACGCUGGAUGAGGGAUGCAUUAUCGUUGCGUCUAGUGACCAGACUGUAAAGUUUCACGAGGUCUGGAGCGGGCCAAAGAAAAGUACGGCGGCAGCUUGCGGCCUUUUCGGAGGCAGCCAAAUUCUUGAAGGACUUGAAGGACUAGAGAAGCCAGGGGACGAGAUCAUCAGAUAG